AUGUUUCCAUACAUAUUUGCCUUUUGUCUUUGUCUCUGUGUCUAAUUAACUAAGGGAGUGUCUGAUAACAUCGAGGUUAUCACUUCAUGUUGGCUUAUCACAUUGCAAGACAAUCAAAAAUUCAAGACAUUUGAUCAUGUAGUGGAUUCAGUGGCUAAACGUUAUUCGCAGAGUGACAAAGACAAGAUUGUCCAUGACAUCAGAGUGUAUAUGAUUAAAAAGUGUUUUGCUACCCUUCCCCUCGCAGAUAGCAAAUAGAUAAUCAAAGAUUUUGAAGCUGGGCAAUCCUUCCAUGUAGCCUAUCGAGAGGUCGUUAAGGGCUUUGAUUACACUCAUUACAUUAAGGACCUGAAAAACAAGGACCUCAUUCCAAACCCAUAAUUGGAUGACACCAUUUCAAGCAUUGUCAAAACUCUUGAAAGUGAAUUUCUCAAGGAAACUCAAAGUGAGAUCCAAUAAGCAGUCCCUCCCAUUGGAGUUUUCGGAAUGAAUUUCAAUUACUUGCUUGUGUUCCCAAUCAUUGGAGGAGUCUUUUUGGCAUAUUUUGCGAUUAAUGCAUUCAGAACUUUACAAACCACCCCGAAAAAAAAGAAGUGA